CUUAAAUAACAUUUAUCUGCUAAAAUAACUAAUUCUUCUGCAUUGCAAUGGGCUCACGUUUAAUUCCAAAAACUCUUCUUUAAUAGAUUCGACAAAUGGAAGACAACCAACCAGUGCCAGCUUCCACAACCACACCUUCUGCCGUGAAUCAACUGGAGCUCAAGACCAGAGCUGAGUUUGUAAAAUAUUACCGUCACCUCACACUUGACCCGAACACCGCAUACAGAGAGCUGUCUCUUUCCCAGGGAAACAGGAGUGUGGAACUUAAAGAUCUAGUGCAGGACUAUCCCUACCGCCCUGAGAGAUUCACCCAUCUUUGGCAGGUGCUGUGUAAAGAACAUCUGUCCGAACGCUCCUACUGGGAGGUAGAGUGGACCGGUUCAAUAGAGAUAGCGGUGUGUUAUGAAGACAUUGGCCGGUCAGACUAUUACCACGAGUGUGCGUUUGGGUGCAAUGAGAAUUCCUGGAGUUUGGAUUUGAAUAAAAACAACCGUUGUUUCCGCCACAAUGAUGUUGAGGUUUCAUUGCCGGAGCAUCAGUUGUCAAGAGUCGCUGUGUACCUGGAUCACAGCGCAGGUGUUCUGGCCUUCUACAGUGUUUCUGGCGACACUUUGAGCCUCAUUCACAGAGUCCAGACCACUUUCAUGAAGCCCCUCUACCCUGGGUUGUGGGUUGCCGACCACGCUGAUCUGUGUGAUCUGAGGUGAUGACAGAAUGGUUCCGUUUUUUCAAUAAAGGCUCAAGGCUCAGGAUUUAAACUGGAGCACUGGAGGGAGAAUAAAUAGGGAAAAUUGUCAGGAAAAUUGUAGGGCUUCUCUAUCAGGGUAAAAUGUAACUUAAAAUAUAUUGAUCUUAUAUUUUUUUAUCCAUAAUGCAUAGUACUGUAAUUUCGAAAUAAAAUGCAUCACAAAUCCUGCUAAA